UCUCUUCCUUGAUUUGGGUUAUCUGGGGCUAAAAUCUUGGAACCAGCGCUACGUUGGCUUCGUGGGUGUUCCGAUGGGCCCCAAACUUGGUUUAAUAAUCUGUGUAAAACUGACAUUGUACAAUAUAAAGGUGAAUGGUGAAAUUCAUGCUAAUAAUUUAAAUUUAAAAUUUUUCUUUACUUAGGAUGAAUUAAACAGCAAAUUAAAAAAACGCCAUGACAAGUCGAGAGAUACCUUAGAAGAAAAGAGAAAGCUUUAUGUCUUAGUAUCUUUAAUGACACUUUCUACCUGCUUUGAGCGAGGCCCUGCAUUUUCAUUUUGCUCUGGGUCCUGAAAAUUAUGUAGCCCGUUGUCAAGGUUGUCAUUUCCCGUUGUAAAUGUUUUGAGAGUGAAUAAUAUUAACUGUGAGGAAAAUGAAUCUUUAGCUUGUGAGAGGUUGAGUUAAUUUAUUAGCACAUAUCUCCUCUGAAUUGAAAUGCUGUACCUUGUGACAGGGUUGUUGUUUUUUCUUUUAUUGAGGAGAAAUGAAAGACAGUCAUUGGUAAAGCAUUGUAGGAUAGUUUAAGCGCGCAGGCUCUGAACUCAGGCAGACCCCAACUCUACCACUUUUUAAGAAUUAUAUCCUUGGGCAACUUAACCUCUGAGCUUUGAUUUUUCUCAUCUUUAAACCAGGGGCAGUUACAGAGCAUGGAAAGUCGUGAGGAUUAAAUUUAUGUAUUCAUCCAACAAAUAUUUAUUAAGCACUUGUUAUGUGCCAAGUGCUGUUCUUUCUCAGUUCUAGGGAUACAAUAGUCAAUGAAACAAAACAUUUUUUUUUAAAAAAAGGGAAAACCAAACAACAAAAAAGGAAGGAAAAUAAGCCUUAUCUUCAUUUAAUAUACUAAGAGGAAAAAUGAAGCAGAAAAAGAAAGUGUGGAUUUUCUGGUUGAUGGGGCGUAUGGGAGGCUUUUUAAAGAGGGGAUUUGAGGAAGGCUUCACUGAGAUGCCACUGGAGGAAAGGCCUGAGGGGAGCCGUGUGUAUCUGGAGAUGGAGUGAUCCAGGCAGAGGGAAUGGCAAGCGCACAGCCUUGAGAUGAGGGCAGUAGAACACAGAGAGGCAAAGUAGCUUGCCACAAGGUCACAAAGUUAAUAAGAAGUAGAACCAGGAUUGAAACGCAGAGCCCUUUGCCAGGAGACGACCUUCUCUAACCUCGCUCACGGUGUCCUUGCCCCCUUCAUUCCCUGCGAGCGUUCAUCUUGAUUCAUAUUUUCCACCUGGGUCUGGCCAUAUGUGACUGGGAUCGGGAUCGCAGAGUGGAAGCCUGUCUGCAGUGAAUCCCCCCUCAGUGGGCUGUGGGUGCCCAGAGGUGAUUCAUGGCAGGGGACAUGGAAGGAUUCUGUUCCUCCAUCCAUGACACCAGUGUCUCUGCUGGGUUCAGAGCACUGUAUGAGGAGGGACUGCUUCUUGAUGUCACUCUGGUUAUUGAAGAUCAUCAGUUCCAGGCCCAUAAAGCACUCUUGGCUACCCAGAGUGAUUACUUCAGAAUUAUGUUUACUGCAGACAUGAGGGAGCGUGAUCAGGACAAAAUUCACUUAAAAGGUCUAACUGCUACUGGUUUCAGCCACGUCCUUCAAUUUAUGUACUAUGGAACUAUAGAACUGAGUAUGAAUACUGUUCAUGAGAUUCUUCAGGCUGCCAUGUAUGUUCAACUUAUAGAAGUGGUGAAAUUCUGCUGCUCUUUCCUGUUAGCGAAAAUCUGCUUAGAAAACUGUGCAGAAAUCAUGAGACUCUUAGAUGAUUUUGGUGUAAACAUCGAGGGAGUCAGGGAGAAGCUGGAAUCCUUUCUGCUAGACAACUUUGUGCCACUCAUGUCCAGGCCUGAUUUCCUGUCUUAUCUGAGUUUUGAGAAGCUCAUGUCUUAUUUGGAUAAUGAUCAUCUGAGCAGGUUCCCAGAGAUAGAGCUGUACGAGGCUGUGCAGUCUUGGCUGCGGCAUGAUAGAAGACGCUGGAGACAUACCGAUACCAUUAUUCAGAACAUCAGGUUUUGUUUGAUGACCCCAUCCAGUGUCUUUGAGAAGGUUAAGACAUCAGAAUUUUAUAGAUACUCUCGACAGCUGCGCUAUGAAGUUGACCAAGCAUUGAAUUACUUUCAGAACAUUCACCAGCAGCCUUUGUUGGACAUGAAGUCAAGCCGCAUCCGUUCUGCCAAACCUCAAACUACAGUAUUCCGAGGCAUGAUUGGACACAGCAUGGUUAACAGUAAAAUACUUCUCUUAAAGAAACCAAGAGUCUGGUGGGAACUAGAGGGUCCCCAAGUACCUCUGCGGCCGGACUGCCUUGCUAUUGUCAAUAACUUCGUGUUCUUGUUGGGUGGCGAAGAAUUAGGCCCAGAUGGUGAAUUCCAUGCUUCUUCCAAAGUGUUCAGAUAUGACCCGAGACACAACUCCUGGCUCCGCAUGGCAGACAUGUCUGUACCACGUUCAGAAUUUGCGGUUGGUGUUAUUGGGAAGUUUAUUUACGCUGUAGCAGGCCGAACCAGAGAUGAGACUUUCUAUUCAACAGAGAGAUAUGAUAUCACCAAUGAUAAAUGGGAGUUUGUGGAUCCUUACCCAGUUAACAAAUACGGACAUGAGGGGACAGUGCUCAAUAACAAGUUGUAUAUCACUGGUGGAAUCACCUCAUCAUCCACCUCCAAACAAGUGUGCGUUUUUGACCCCAGUAAAGAAGGGACCAUAGAGCAACGGACCAGAAGAACUCAAGUUGUUACCAACUGCUGGGAGAAUAAGAGCAAAAUGAAUUAUGCGAGAUGCUUUCACAAGAUGAUUUCUUACAACGGCAAGCUUUACGUCUUCGGUGGUGUCUGUGUGAUCUUGAGGGCCUCUUUUGAAUCUCAGGGCUGCCCUUCCACAGAAGUGUACAACCCAGAGACUGAUCAGUGGACUAUCUUGGCAUCCAUGCCAAUUGGUAGAAGUGGCCAUGGUGUGACUGUGCUGGACAAACAAAUAAUGGUUCUUGGAGGCCUUUGCUACAAUGGUCAUUACAGCGAUUCCAUUCUCACUUUUGAUCCAGAUGAAAACAAGUGGAAGGAAGAUGAGUACCCGCGGAUGCCCUGCAAGCUGGAUGGUUUACAAGUAUGCAACCUGCAUUUUCCAGAAUAUAUACUGGAUGAGGUCAGACGCUGCAACUAAUGACAUCUUUCUCACUUCAAAGCCAAACAGAGAAGUUGUUUGUGACAGAGUAGUUAAUUAAAAGCAUAAAGGAAAACCUCACCAGUUUUACUAUCAAAGCCAUUGGUCUAAUAGUGUAAAAAAUUUUCAUUCUGUGCUAGCAUCCUUUUUUUUCUUUUUAGUGGCCUCAGACUCAUGCAAUAAGUUAGUUCUAAGCACUAGCUCUUGAAACUACUUCCUGAAGCAGUUUAAUAGAAUGAUCCACUUAUCUGGGAAGCUGAUUGUAUGCUUUAAACAUUUCUCUCAGAUGUCAGUGUAGGAGUCAUGCAUCUUUUAAGAGAAGACCUGAUAAGUGUCACUUGAUGUAAUUUCGGUUCCUAUCUCGAUCUGAAAUCUUUUUGAACAUUAAUUUCAGUCCGUUAGACCUUUUGGUUUUAUUGUUUAAGUUUAAAACUGUUGCCCUUUUUGCAUGGCUUUUUGCUGAAAAUGCAAAAAUAUAAAUUUUCUACGAAGUUAACUUUUUAUAUUCAAAACACUAUUUCUAAGCUGCCUUCUCUUACCUGCAUUGUGUUAGUGAAAGCGUAUCCGUACGUGCAUACAUCUUAUGAAUAUAUAAGGCACAUCCUCUUUUAUGCGUGGUUAGGAUUCUAUAUUUUUAAGCUAGUGCACUUGCACACACGGUUUGCCAUACUUGUUGAAUUUUAGAUGUAAUGUCUUUUCAUGUAUUAACAUUUUUAGGAAGUUAAAAUAACUGGAGUCCUCAUUUGAUGUCAAAGUAGCCUAUCUUCAGUCCAUACUGAUUCAGUAAUAUUUGAAUUCCUGAAACAUGUACGGACUUAUGAAAACUAAUAUUUUAUAUUUUAUUUUCAAAAGUAAACAGUAGUGUUCUUUAUGGAUGUAUGUCUUCUUUUUGAACAUGUUUUUUUCUUUGCAGUUUGUUUAACGUUGCCCUGUUUUUAGUAAGAAUUGGAGUGCUAUAUGACAAGCCCUGGCCCUGCAGCGUGCAAGCACUUUUUAAAGAGAAUUUAGGGAAUACCAGACUGCUAAAUAAAGGCCCCUUAAAAGUAAGUGCAACUUCCAUUCUUUACAUUAAAUAAGGCUGCUGCAUCUGUUAUUGAAUGGAAAGUAGCAACUUGUGGACAAUUUGACCUCAGUUUUGACUUAGAGGUAAGGAAUAGAAUUAUAAUCUUACUGGUCAUGUCUCCUUGUUUAUUUAAUACAAGAAAACUUAGCGGCACUGGGGAUGUAAGCCCUCAGCUUUUGUUUUAUUUACUGAAAGCUACUAGCAUGAAGGACAGUAACCUCAAAGUUGAGAAUGGAUCGAGAAUAACUGUUUAAAAGCAUUUGUAGUAAGUGUUUUAGGAUUAGCCGCACCUUUCAAGUCGAAGGAAAAGCAUAUAGUUGACAGAGUUAAGCAAGAAUAACCAGGGAAUGGCUCGUUCAAAUUGAUGCCAUUUUUUUCCUGAGUAGAGUCUAUAGCUGAUACAGAUUAGAUCUACACUGGCGAAACUUGCCAGAUCUUAGGAUAUUGGUGCAAUAUUGCAAUGCCUUCUGUAUGGCUAUUGUAUAAAUUUUCUAGUUUCACUUUUUUUUUUUUUUUUUUUUUUUGCUGCUGCCACCACUGAACAUGAGAUAGAAGAGUGAGGUCAUGGA